GCGACGGUAGGCCCGGAGCACAGCGGUCGGCGGCCGGCGGCGGGAGAUCGCGGGCGAGGGGAGCGCGAUACUCGCUGGUUGGGGAGAUCGGCGCUCAGCCGGGUGAGCGUGAGCCUGGGAGAUGGCAGUGAUGGAAAUGGCCUGCCCAGGCGCCCCUGGUUCGGCGGCCGGGCAGCAGAAGGAGCUCACCAAGGCCAAGGAGAAGGCGCAGGCCAUGGGGAAGAAGCAAAGCCCCGCCAACAAGCUCGAGGCCGUGGAGAAGAGCCCCGUGUUCUGCGGGAAGUGGGACAUCCUGAACGACGUGAUCACCAAAGGCACAGCCAAGGAAGGCUCCGAGGGGGGACUGGCCGCCAUCUCCAUCAUCGCACAGGCCGAAUGUGAGAACAGCCAAGAGUUCAGCCCCACCUUUUCAGAGCGGAUUUUCAUCGCUGGGUCCAAACAGUACAGCCAGGCCGAGAGUCUCGAUCAGAUCCCCAACAAUGUGGCCCAUGCAACUGAGGGCAAGAUGGCCCGUGUGUGCUGGAAGGGGAAGCGCCGCAGCAAAGCCCAGAAGAAACGCAAGAAGAAGAGCUCCAAGUCCCUGGCUCAGGCAGGAGCAGCCCUGGCCAAACCCCUGCCUAGAACCCCAGAGCAGGAGAGCUGCACUGUCCCCGUGCAGGAGGAUGAGUCCCCACUGGGCCCCCCAUAUGUCAGGAACGCCCUCCCGUUCACCAAGCCUUUGAAGGAGCCGGGCCUCGGCCAACUGUGUUUUAAGAAACUCGAGGAGGGCCUGCGGCCAGCACUGCCUCGAUCGGAACUCCACAAACUGAUAAGCCCCUUGCAAUGUCUCAACCACGUGUGGAAACUCCACCACCCGCAGGAUCUCGGCCCCCUGCCCCAGCCCACUCACCCCUUCCCCUACAACAGACUGCCCCAUCCCUUCCCGUUCCACCCUCUCCAGCCCUGGAAACCUCACCCCUUAGAAUCCUUCCUCCUUGACAAACUGGCCUAUAUGGACAGCCAGCAGCCCCUGCCCGGCCCCCACCUGGGCAAACUGGCCUGUGUGGACAGUCAGAAGGCCGUGCCUGGUCCACACCUGGAGCCCGGCUACCUGUCCCGGGGCCCGUGUGACAAGUUUUCUGUGGAGGAGUACAUGGUGCACGCCCUGCAAGGCAGCGUGAGCUCAGGCCAGGCCCACAGCCUGGCCAGCCUGGCCAAGACCUGGGCAGUGGCAGGUUCCAAGCCCCGGAAGCCCAGCCCCGAAACAAUGGACAGCGAGGGGGUCCUUCUUACAGAGAAACUCAAGCCGGUGGAUUAUGAGUACCGAGAGGAGGUCCACUGGGCCACGCGCCAGCCGUGCCUGGGCAGAGGCUCCUUCGGAGAGGUGCACAGGAUGGAGGACAAGCAGACCGGCUUCCAGUGUGCGGUCAAAAAGGUGCACAUCGAAGUGUUUCGGGCCGAGGAAUUGAUGGCAUGUGCAGGACUGACCUCACCCAGAAUCGUCCCUCUGUAUGGAGCUGUGAAGGAAGGUCCGUGGGUCAACAUCUUCAUGGAACUGCUAGAAGGUGGCUCGCUGGGCCAGCUCAUAAAGCAGAAAGGCUGUCUGCCAGAGGACCGGGCCCUUUACUACCUAGGCCAGGCCCUGGAAGGGCUGGCAUACCUCCACACCCGAAGGAUUCUGCACGGAGAUAUUAAAGCUGACAACGUGCUCCUGUCCAGCGACGGGAGCCGUGCGGCCCUCUGUGACUUCGGCCAUGCUGUGUGCCUCCAACCCGAUGGCCUGGGGAAGUCUUUGCUCACGGGGGACUACAUCCCGGGCACAGAGACCCACAUGGCUCCGGAGGUGGUGAUGGGUGAGCCCUGUGAUGCCAAGGUGGACGUGUGGAGCAGCUGCUGUAUGAUGCUUCACAUGCUCAAUGGCUGCCACCCUUGGACCCAGUACUUCCGAGGACCACUGUGCCUCAAGAUUGCCAGCGAGCCUCCACCUGUGAGGGAGAUCCCACCGUCCUGUGCCCCUCUCACGGCCCAGGCCAUCCAGGAGGGGCUAAGGAAAGAGCCUGGGCGCCGCGCGUCUGCGGUGGAGCUGGGGGGAAAGGUCAGCCUGGCGUUGCAGCACGUGGGAGGUCUGCGGAGCCCUUGGAGGGGGGAGUAUAAAGAGCCAAGACGUCCGCCACCACACCAAGGCCAUCCGCCACCCAGCCAAGGCCACUCUCAACGGACCCCGCAGGCCCAGCCGAGGGAGCUCUCGCCUGGGGCUCCGGGACCCCAGCCAACCGAGGACACGACAGGCGGGGCCCCUAAGCUCCAGCCUCCUCUGCCCCCAGAACCCCCAGAGCGGAACAAGUCUCCAAGCCUGAACUGGUGCAAGGAGGAGUCCGGAACAUGGGAGCCAUUACCUCUGUCCUCCCUGGAGCCGGCCCCUGCCAAAACCCCCAGCUCUGCGGAGCGGAAGGCGACGUUCCCCGAGCAGGAGCUGCAGCAGCUAGAACUAGAAUUAUUUCUGAACAGCCUGUCCCAGCCCUUUUCACUGGAGGAGCAGGAGCAGAUUCUCUCGUGCCUCAGCGUCGACAGCCUCUCUCUGUCAGACGACAGUGAGAAGAACCCAUCAAAGGCAUCUCAGAGCUCGCGGGACACCCUGAGUUCCGGUGUGCACUCAUGGAACAGCCAGGCAGAGGCCCGCAGCUCCAGCUGGAACAUGGUGCUGGCCCGGGGGCGGCCCACCGACACCCCAAGCUACUUCAAUGGUGUGAAAAUCCAGAUACAGUCUCUCAAUGGUGAACACCUGCACAUCCGGGAGUUUCACCGGGUCAAGGUGGGGGACAUCGCGACCGGCAUCAGCAGCCAGAUCCCAGCCGCAGCCUUCAGCUUGGUGACCAAGGACGGGCGGCCCGUGCGCUAUGACAUGGAGGUCCCAGACUCGGGCAUCGACCUGCAGUGCACCCUGGCCCCCGACGGCAGCUUUGCCUGGAGCUGGAGGGUCAAGCAUGGGCACCUGGAGAACAGGCCCUAACCCAGCCUUCCACCACUGGCUCCGCUCCGCCAGAAGGGGCCUGCCUUUUUGGUGCUCCGUGUCACCCCUGCCACACGGGCUCAGCCUGCUCCCAGGGACCCGCCACCCUGUGGCUCGGCGGUGGGACUCCAGGAUCUGCUGUGUCCUGCCCAACCCGCCAAGAGAACGCCCGGUGCCCAUGUGAGGAGGAAGAGGGAGGCAGGAGACCACUUCCCAUGGGGAGCCAAAAGGGUCUUCUCUGCUCUGGUCUGAAAGAGCUGGCCUGACCUGCUUAGACCAGUGACCACUUGAUGGCAGUCAGGAUAGAACCGCUUCCGGCCUGGGUCAGAGGCCCCUCAGCCUCUAAGCGGAUGUGAGGGUGUCAAGUGUCCCAGAACCCACACCUAGGUCUGGUGCAGGAGCAGGGCAGCAGGGGUACCCACCCCUGGGUUAACGAGGAACCCUCUGACGGGGAUUUGAUGGUGCCUGGCCAUUGAACCCCUUUUUAGACCUAGCAGCUUUCCUGCCAGAGUCAGGGAGGAAUGUGGACGCUGGAAGUCUCCCAGGGAGAACUCGGCACACUUGUCACAUUGUUGGAGCACAAGUCCUGAGCCGAACUCACGUUUCAGCUAAGGACCAGAGGUGCCUUAAGUGAAAUGGUUCUCAGUCCCCAAGCACAUGUCCCUUUGCUGCCGGCCAUCAGUCUUCCCCAGAGCAGCAGGCUCUGAGCCCCAGCUGCAGCCCCAGCACUGGCCCCCCCCCCGACUGGCUGGCACUUAGCCCCCUCAUCUGUAAAAGCGAAGGACGUGGGGAACCCUACCCGGCAGGAGCCGUCUGGGGCUGGGGUGAGGCAGACAUGUGAGAAAGCAGCCACAGGCGCCCCCGUGCCUCCCGGCCCCAGCUUGUAACAUCGUGCACACCCAGCUUCCUGAGACACAGCCCCGGCUUCACACUCACACUGGCCCUGCCCUGCCCCUCGCCCAGGGGGCACUGCCAACUGCACUUUGCACUCUGAUGACCUCAAAGCACUUUCACGGCUGCCCUCCAGGAGGGCAGGUCAGUGGCUCUGCACACACACAAGCAGGACAGGAGAUGGGGUGAAGGGAUUCAAGUCUUGACCUGUCUCUAUGCUCACGACCCCUCAAACCUCCAGAGUUUUCUUUAAGAUGAGCCCCCCCCACCCUACGACGUUGCCCCAGCCCCAUCAUUUCUUCAGUGGGGGUGCUGAUCAAGACUCAUGUAGCAUUAAUCAACUGUGAAUCAUUGCGCGGGGGCCAGCCAGCCUCUGCUCCUGGGUGGGCGAGGGGUGUCCCCUGAGAUGCCUCCUUGGGAGAAGCUCGUUCCCAUGUCUUGCCAAGGUGGCCUCUGUCCAGCUAUCCACAUCGAGCCAUGCUCCUCCCCAAGGAGGGACCCCCAGCCCCCAGGACGUGAAGAGCUGCAGCCUUGGUGCCACAGAGUUCGGGUUGUAGAGAACUCUUUGUAAGCAAUAAAGUUUGGGGUGAUGACAAACA